AUGAUAAAUGUGCUCAAAGUGUUGAUCGUGUUUUUUGGUUUUAAACUUAUUUGUGCUCAAAUUAGCCCAGUUGUAGAAACUAAUGUGGGCAAAAUUCGAGGUUCCAUUAUGAAAACGGAAAAAGGUUCCGAGUUUCUUGGAUUUCGGGGAAUUAGAUAUGCUGAAGCCCCGAUUGGUGAAAAACGUUUUAAAGCCCCGAUAGCAAUAAAAAAGUGGCCUGGUGUAAUUGAUGCUACCCAUGACGGAUUUAUGUGUCCCCAAAUAGGAAAACCAAUAAAUAUGAUGUCAGAAGAUUGUCUCAUUCUGAAUGUCUAUACGAAAUCUUUAACUGAAAAGAAAUCAGUUAUAAUAUAUAUUCCCGGUGGGGCUAAUAUUUACGGUGGAAGUCACAGUAUUGAAACAGCUGGACCCGAAUACUUGAUGGAAAGUGAUAUUGUCCUUGUGACAAUAAGUUUUCGUUUGGGAGCUUUAGGCUUUCUAAGCACACGUACCAAAGAAGCCCCUGGAAAUGUUGGCUACUUGGAUCAAGUAAUGGCAUUUGAGUGGGUCCAUGAUCACAUUACAAAAUUCGGUGGAAACCCCAAGUCUGUGACAAUACUCGGAAUGAGUUCGGGAUCAUUUGCUGUCACACUGCAUUUAGCAUCUCCGCUAUCUCAAGGUUUAUUUCAUAAAGCAAUUGCAAUGAGUGGAUCAGCUAUUGCAGAUUUACAUUUCGAUAAUUUACAAUGCACUCAGAAAUUAGCUCGUGAGACUUCAUGUCCCAUCUACAAUCCCAAAGAUGUUGUGAGUUGCUUGAGGAAAUUGCCAUGGCAGACAAUUGUAGGUGUUGUCGAUUCAUGGAAAUUCUAUAACUUGACCGAUAUGAAAUGGAGUUACGAGAUUGAUGGAAAUUUUUUGACAAAGUCACCAACUGUCACUUUUGCUGAAGGAAAUUUCAGUAAAGUUCCUAUUCUAACUGGAAUAACUAAGGAUGAAUUCACUUAUAUGAUUUAUAGCCAAGAAAACAAUUCCGGAUUAUUAAAUGACAUCAAUAUGAAUUUUGAGAAAUAUGCUCCGGAAUUCUUUACCCACAUCUUUGAUGAAACAAAAAUUAAGAAACUAAGAAAUUUCUAUUUGGGGAAUGAGGCUAUAGACAAAGAAAAUCUUAGAAAAUUUGGUGAAAUUUUCUCAGAUGCAAUUAUCAUAAAUGCUAUUAAUAGAUUAAUCCAAUUAGCACGUCAGUAUGUUGAUGUUUUCUAUUAUCGUUUUGACUAUUUGGGAAGAUAUGGAAUAUUUGAAAAUUGGAACCGAAAACCAUUAGGAGUAAAUCAUGGUGAUGAUCUUCAAUAUGUCAUCAAACGAAAAUACUUAAGACAAACAAUUAAACUUUACGAUCCGGAAUGGUUUAUGGUUGAACGUAUGAUCUCCGGAAAGCAUAGAUGGCUUAAAAUGGCUGCCUUCCAAUAA